UUUUGGGUCCGAUGCUUGAUAUAAGAAUUAUUAACCUUAUCUGUGUUUUCCGUGAUAAAGCCUCCCUUGGUAUUAUAAAAGCCUCGUACUCAUUAAUGUUCAGUUCAGUGUGUCAACUUAAAAAUGAGAAGUAUUUGUCUGUUGAUUGCUACCCUAGCAAUUGCUAGUAGCGCAACUGUUCGAGAUAUCUAUAACAUACGAUCAGUUGAUGAAUUGGAGUUUACUCCGGAUGGAAGAGUUGUGAAUGGAGCUGAGGCUCGACCAGGACAGUUUCCUUAUCAAGCGUUAGUACUGAGUUAUUAUGAAGACGGUUCCGGUUUGUGUGGUGGCUCGCUCCUGACCGUAAAUUACGUACUGACGGCGGCGCACUGCGUUGAGUUGGAGACCUUGGCAACCCAUGGGACGGUGAUUCUCGGUGCUCAUAAUCGACGAGAGGAAGAGUCGAGCCAGCAGCGUAUCGACUUUGCAACGAUCAAUGUACAUCCUGGCUGGGAUCUCAACGUAAUCCAAUACGACGUCGCAACAAUUGAGUUGGCCACUCCCGCGGAGUUCAACGAGUAUGUUCAGCCUAUUGAACUACCUGCGCUUUCAGAUCAGCGGACAUUCUCUGGAAUACAAGCUACAAUUUCCGGGUUCGGGCGAACGAACGACAUCCCUGGAUCACCCGCAUCUGAUGUGGUGAUGUUUACGAGGAAUCCCAUUUUGACGAAUGCAAAUUGUCGAUCGAUUCUGGACCCGUUCCCAAUCCUGGCUCAGCAUGUUUGUCUCUCUGGUGCUGGUGGGCGUGGUGCCUGCCACGGAGAUUCUGGCGGUCCCCUGACUGUCCAGGAUGAAGGAGCUAGUUUGCAGAUUGGAAUUGCCUCAUUUGUUAUCGGUGGAAUUUGUUCGGUAGGUGUUCCGAUUGGAUUCGUGAGAGUUACCUACUUUUUGGAUUGGAUCGCCGACAACUCUGAUGUUGUUUUGAGGUCUUGAUUGUAAGAUUGAUGACAUUGAUGACAUGAUUGUAAUAAAGUCUUAUUUAAAAACGCGAAUACAA